AUGAUAACCUACCAAAGGCAGAGGAUGGAGCAAAACAAGAUCUAUAUUGCCGUCAUGGGCGUCACCGGCUCUGGAAAGAGCACAUUCAUCAAAACUGCCACUGGUAUCCAAGACAUUGCGAUCGGCGAGGACAUGCUCUCAUGCACCUCUCGCGUUGUACCAUAUAGAUUCAAGCUAGAUGGACACGAGGUCGUUUUGAUCGAUACCCCAGGGUUCAACGACAGCCUGCGAAGCGAGUCCGAGAUUCUCAAGAACAUCGCCAACUGGCUCGACUACAGCUUUCGAAACCCGCCGCGUAUCAAGCUUAGUGGCAUCAUCUACAUGCAGGCCAUCACGGACAGGAAGAUGUACGGAUCCAGCCUGCGCAACCUGAAGAUGUUCAAGGAGCUCUGUGGCGAGAACCCGCUCCGCAACGUCGUCUUCACCACCUCUGGCUGGGGUGCCGUCAGACUUACAGGAGGCUACCACAAGGCUGUCGCGCAUGAAAGACAGCUUUGCGAAGCUCCAGAGUUCUGGAAAAACCUCAUCAAGCGCAAUGCAAGGGUAGCACGCUUCGAGGACUCACCUGAAAGCGCCAUUGCCAUCAUUCGCACCCUCAUGGGUCAAAAGCCACUUACGCUCCAGAUCCAGGCGGAGCUGGUGGAGCAAAACAGAAAUCUGGUUGACACCAGGGCUGGGAACGUUGUCGACGAGGAGCUGAAGGCUCUCGAGGAGAAGUACAAGGACCAGCUGGCCCAGGUUCAGCGCGAGAUGAGGGAGGCAAUUGAGGCGAAGGACGUUGAAAUCCAAGAGAGUCUCGAGGUUUCUCGCGCCGAGAUCAUGAAGCUUCGAGACAGUGCGAGAAGAGCCCAUGAUGACCUGCACUACAAGUCAAGAAACGACGCCCGGGCCGCCCAGUCCCUCCGCGUUGAGCUCCGAGAGAUGAGGAGCAACAUGGAGAGGAUGAGGGACAGCCAGGACAAGAGGUACGAAGAGACCCUAGACAGACAGAAGCAAGAAUAUGAGGAUGCAGCCAUGAGACUCAAGGCGGAACGGAUUGAACAGCAGAUGCAGUUCCAAGGAGUUGUGGAUCAGCUACGUGCAAACCAGAGCAGGAUCAGAGAGGAGGAGAGGACCUUUCUGGAGGCCCGCAUCGCCGAGCUAGAGAGCCGAAAGAUUGGGAAGGGGUCUACAACCGAGCUUCUCACUGCUCUUGCCGGUACCCUAGGUAACGUGGCCAUGAUUGCACUUGGAUUUCCAUCACUUUUUGGGGCAGAAAGCUUUUCAGAUAUGUUUUAA